GAUUACGUUCGACAAGGUGAACAAGAGCGUAAUCGUGAACGUGCGCGAAAUCAAAGGCGAGUCUCGCAAGGAAAUGAUCCACACUUCGCUCUGCAAUCUCUUCCAGGAGGAUGACGCGACUUCGACGCUGAUCGAGGCGGACGACGGCUUCGUGGACGAUUUAUACAACCCCGCGGAGCCGGGUCGGGACGCGCUGGCGACGUACGGGUUCGCGUCGAUCGAGAGCAAACUGGAGGCGAAGCGGCUGGCGAAGGCGAAGAAGGAGCGGAAGGAUCGGCGCGCGAACUGGCUGCUGUCGAGCGUGCGAAGCGUGCUGAGCUGGUGGUGGCGUGUUUGUUGA